UUGAUGUGCAGAAGGGUCUCGUCCUCCCAGGGCGGCGCCGGGUCUUGGGUGCGGGACACGCGCGGGGCCUGAGCCCGGGGACCUGGGAGCCUGAGCCCGGGAGCCUGAGCCUGGGGCAGCCGAGCCGUUGAGCCGCAGGAAGGACGGCCGCGGGGAGGCAGCCUGGCCGCGCGCCCGCCCGGACCCGCUCCGUACCUGCCCCCGCCCGCCACCUAGCCCGCGCCGGGGGACAGGCCGCCCAGCCCUCUCUCGGCCCGACGGCGCCCCAUGUCCCCAGACACCUGAGCGCCGGCCGCGCCGAGGAGCCUCCCACGAGGACAGCCACCGGUGCCCUUCCUCGCGAGGAAGAUGGGGCUGGAGACGCUUUCCCUGGGGAUGCUCGCGUGGCUGGUGGCCACGGGGGCUGUCCUCUGCGCGGAGCUGGGGGUCUGCGCCGGCCUCGACUAUGACUACACUUUCGGUGGCAACGGAGAGGAAGAGGCGGAGGCGCUGGACUACAAGGAUCCGUGCAAAGCCGCUGUGUUUUGGGGUGACAUUGCCUUAGACGAUGAAGACUUAAAUAUCUUUCAAAUUGAUAGGACAAUUGACCUUACACAGAACCCCUUUGGAAAAUUUGGACAUACCACAGGUGGAUUUGGAGACCAUGGUAUGUCAAAGAAACGAGGGGCCCUCUACCAACUUAUAGACAGGAUAAGAAGAAUUGGCUCUGGCUUGGAGCAAAACAACACAGUUAAGGAAAAAGUACCUCUAAAAUUCUCAGGGCAAAAUGAGAAAAAUCGAGUUCCCAGAGCUGCUACAUCAAGAACUGAAAGAGUAUGGCCUGGAGGUGUUAUUCCUUACGUUAUAGGAGGCAACUUCACUGGCAGCCAGCGAGCCAUGUUCAAGCAGGCCAUGAGGCACUGGGAAAAGCACACAUGUGUGACUUUCAUUGAAAGAGGGGAUGAAGAGAGUUACAUUGUAUUCACAUACAGGCCUUGUGGAUGCUGCUCCUAUGUAGGUCGGCGUGGAAAUGGACCUCAGGCUAUCUCUAUUGGCAAGAACUGUGAUAAAUUUGGAAUUGUUGUUCAUGAAUUGGGCCAUGUGAUAGGCUUUUGGCAUGAACACACACGACCAGAUCGAGAUAAUCAUGUAACUAUCAUAAGAGAAAACAUCCAGCCAGGUCAAGAGUACAAUUUUCUGAAGAUGGAGCCUGGAGAAGUGAACUCGCUUGGAGAAAGAUAUGAUUUUGACAGUAUCAUGCACUAUGCCAGGAACACCUUCUCAAGGGGGAUGUUUCUGGAUACCAUUCUCCCCUCACGUGAUGAUAAUGGCAUACGUCCAGCAAUUGGUCAGCGAACCCGUUUAAGCAAAGGAGAUAUUGCACAGGCAAGAAAGCUGUACAGAUGUCCAGCAUGUGGAGAAACCCUACAAGAAUCCAAUGGCAACCUUUCCUCUCCAGGAUUUCCAAAUGGCUACCCAUCUUAUACACACUGCAUCUGGAGAGUUUCUGUGACUGCAGGAGAGAAGAUUGUCUUAAACUUUACUACGAUGGACCUAUACAAAAGUAGUUUGUGCUGGUAUGAUUACAUUGAAGUAAGAGAUGGGUACUGGAGGAAAUCACCUCUCCUUGGUAGAUUCUGUGGGGACAAAUUGCCUGAAGUUCUAACCUCUACAGACAGCAGAAUGUGGAUUGAGUUUCGUAGCAGCAGUAAUUGGGUGGGAAAGGGCUUUGCAGCUAUCUAUGAAGCUAUCUGUGGAGGUGAGAUACGUAAAAAUGAAGGACAGAUUCAGUCUCCUAAUUACCCCGAUGACUACAGGCCGAUGAAAGAAUGUGUAUGGAAAAUAGCAGUGUCAGAAGACUGCUAUGUCGGGCUGACCUUUCAGGCCUUUGAGAUUGAGAGACAUGACAACUGUGCCUAUGACUACCUAGAAGUUCGAGAUGGAACCAGUGAAAAUAGUCCUUUAAUAGGGCGUUUUUGUGGUUAUGAUAAACCUGAAGAUAUCAGAUCUACCUCCAAUACCUUGUGGAUGAAGUUUGUUUCUGAUGGAACUGUGAACAAAGCAGGGUUCGCUGCCAAUUUUUUUAAAGAGGAAGACGAGUGUGCUAAGCCUGACCGUGGAGGCUGUGAGCAGCGUUGUCUGAACACACUGGGCAGUUACCAGUGCUCCUGCGAGCCUGGCUAUGAGCUGGGACCUGACAAAAGGACCUGCGAAGCGGCUUGCGGAGGACUUCUUACAAAACUGAAUGGCACCAUAACCACUCCAGGCUGGCCCAAGGAGUACCCUCCCAACAAACACUGCGUGUGGCAAGUGGUGGCACCAACACAGUACAGAAUUUCUAUGAAGUUUGAGUUUUUUGAAUUGGAGGGCAAUGAAGUUUGCAAAUACGAUUAUGUGGAGAUUUGGAGUGGUCUUUCUUCUGAGUCUAAAUUGCAUGGCAAGUUUUGUGGUGCUGAAGUGCCUGAAGUGAUCACAUCUCAGUUCAACAAUAUGAGAAUUGAAUUCAAAUCUGACAAUACUGUAUCCAAGAAGGGUUUCAAAGCACAUUUCUUCUCAGACAAAGAUGAGUGCUCUAAGGAUAAUGGCGGGUGCCAACAUGAGUGUGUCAACACAAUGGGAAGCUACAUGUGUCAGUGCCGUAAUGGAUUUGUGCUGCAUGAAAAUAAACAUGAUUGCAAGGAAGCUGAGUGUGAACAGAAGAUUCACAGUCCAAGUGGCUUCAUCACUAGUCCCAACUGGCCAGACAAGUACCCAAGCAGGAAAGAAUGCACAUGGGAAAUCAGUGCAACUCCUGGUCAUCGAAUCAAAUUAAUCUUUAGUGAGUUUGAGAUUGAGCAGCAUCAAGAAUGUGCUUAUGAUCAUUUGGAAGUAUUUGAUGGAGAAACGGAAAAAUCACCAAUUCUUGGACGACUGUGUGGGAACAAGAUACCAGAGCCCCUUGUGGCUACUGGAAAUAAAAUGUUUGUUCGGUUUGUUUCUGAUGCAUCUGUUCAAAGAAAAGGCUUUCAAGCCACACAUUCUACAGAGUGUGGUGGCAGACUGAAAGUGGAAUCAAAACCCAGAGAUCUGUACUCACAUGCUCAGUUUGGUGAUAACAACUAUCCAGGACAAGUUGACUGUGAAUGGCUGUUAGUGUCAGAACGGGGCUCUCGACUCGAGUUAUCCUUCCAGAUUUUUGAAGUGGAAGAAGAAGCUGACUGUGGCUAUGACUAUCUUGAGCUCUUUGACGGUCUCGAUUCAACAGCGGUGGGGCUUGGUCGAUUCUGUGGAUCAGGGCCACCAGAAGAGACCUAUUCAAUUGGUGAUACAGUUUUAAUUCAUUUUCACACUGAUGACACAAUCAGCAAGAAAGGAUUUCAUAUAAGAUACAAAAGCAUCAGAUAUCCAGAUACCACGCAUACCAAAAAUUAACACCAUAACCUCCAUCAAAACAUAAAGGAAUGGGCAUAAUGGAAAGAAGAUGUAUUUCUUUUUUAAAUGAAGAUUUUAGCACAAAGUUUUAUAUAAUGAGUUUGAGCAGAAGAAAACUGCAAGACCAGAAUUAUCUUUGUACUAAAAGAGAAGUUUCCAGCUAACCCUGAUCAACAUUACCAGGAUAUCUGAACUUCAUUCUUGACAGUAUAAAUAUAAAUAAAGUUGGUGAAAGGGCAUCUCAUGCUUCAAAGAAGACUUCACAAUCCUUUGUUCACAGCUCACCAUAGCUGCUUCACAAUUCAGACAGUCCCAUUCAGGGUCUGUGACCCUGCAGAGUGUCCGUUUUGAUAAUUUUUCAAUAUAUGGGAAAAGUAAAAUGACCUUGCAGGUCAUAAACUGGAAUACCCUCUCCUUGUAUCUUAGGAUAAUUGCUUUGACUUUGGAUCUUGAAGACAGUGUAAACCAGACCCAUAUAAGUUGUUGUGAAGUGGGAGUCUCUUGAGGGUGGUUUAUACUUUAAAUGUGGGUAUUACCAAUGCUUGGAAACUGGAAUAUUUCAGCUUCAUUAUUUUCACUUGCAGGCUAAAUUUACCUCUUUGAAACAUAAAUGAUCUCGAGACCACUUCCUUUUUACGACAUUCUGACAAGUUUGAAAUGUCAAUACUAUCUAUCAUUGCAGUUAACUCUAGAUAUCAUUUAUUUAAGUGCUGGAAAAUGCCCAGUUGAUUGGUAAACUCAGUUCUUUCAAUGAAAGUUCUGUCUUUUCAUACCAAAUUCAAGAAGACUUGUGAUGUCUUAUGAACUUGAUGAGACAACUCCCAACAGGUGUGAACAGGAUUCUUCUAAGCGACUGCCUGGAUGGUUCAUACUCAAGUUCCACUGCUGCUAUUGUCUUUCUUUUGUUGUUGAUCUGUUGUAGUUAAUGUUGAUGUUGUCAUGGUUAAUGUAUUUUUUUUAAUGAAAUGAAAUGAAGUGGAAGUAGGC